UAUAGAUCACCAAUUCAAGCUGAACCAUUUUCUGAAGGCUUCCCUAUUUCAAUUAUUUAGAAGCAUGGCAGCUGCGUCUAGGACUACAAUUGUUCCUCAAAUCCUCAACGGAGAACACGAUUAUAAGGAUUGGAGUGUCCGCGUCAAAACCUAUCUGCUCAGUAAAGAUCUUUGGGACGUUGUUGAAAGUGAACACCCUGAACAGGAAGGCGUUGGAGACUUUAAGUUUAAGGCUUGGAGGAAGAAUAAUGCCGGAGCUUUGCAUGCAAUCCAACUUUCUUGCGGGCCGCGUACUUUUCCUUCUAUCCGUGACAAAACCACCGCCAAAGCUGCGUGGGAUACUUUGGAAGCACUGUUCAACCGAGAAAAACGCAAGUUACUGAACAUACAAGACCGAGAUGAGAUCCAGCGGCGGGAAUAUCAAGGUUUCUUCGCUGCUGUAAGGAGGGGUGAUUGGCAUGAAACGAAGUUGUUUCUUGACCAACACGCCGAUGCAACAGGACGAAAGGAUUCAUUGGGGACAGCUCUUCACAACGCAGUAAUAUUCAAGCAGGAGCAAAUUGUGGAAGAGCUGGUGAAGUUCAUGAAGGAGGAAGAAUUGGAGAUACAAUCUAGUGAUGGUUGGACGGCUCUCGCUUAUGCUGCUAGAGACAACCUCAAUAUGGUAAAAUGCAUUGUUACGCAGAACCAGAACCUGAUUGGCAUUGCCGGAGAGGGCAGCCAAAUGACUCCGAUUCUAAUCGCUGCUAUGCAUGACCGAUGGGAUAUAGUUCGGUACCUCUUCGAUCUUACUCCACCCCUAGAUCUACUGCCACAUGAAGGCCCUUACGGCUCUCAACUUCUUGUCUUUUGUCUUUUUGCCAAACAAUUUGAUUUUGCAUGGAUGUUGCUUCAGUGUAUCCCAAUGUUAGCAUAUACUCAAGGCCAAGGAAAAUACUCCCCUUUGUCUGCAAUUGCUAGUGUGCCCUCUGCAUUUCUGAGUGGAACAUCGCUCAAAUUCUGGCAAUCGUUGAUCUAUAAAUGUAUACACAUAGAAGAUGCAGGUCGUAUCAGUGGUUUUUAUAUAAAUGUUGGAAGUCAAGAAAAUGAACAAGGCAAUCAAGAGAAUAGCACAGCCUUCGGUUUAUUACAAGGACUUCCAUCGAGACUUUCAGAGUUUUUUGGAAUCAACGGCAUUCGUGAAGUGAAAUUGAUCCAUGUUCGGUCACGUCAAAUUUUGGACUGCAUGUGUGACGACAUAAAACAGUUGAAUGAUGAAGAAAUGAGGGAUGGCCUUGUGUAUGAAGCAGUAUACAGUGCUGUCCAAAAUGGGAUUGUUGAGGUCGUUAUUCCUCUAUGUAAAGCCAGACCAGAAUUAUUGUUCAGAGGCCUAGAGGACGGAAAGAACAUAUUUCAUUAUGCUGUUGAAUGCCGUCAAGAAAAUGUUUAUAGCCUUAUAUACGGGGUUGGUCAAAGAAAUCUCAUUACGACUUUGAGAGAUAAUUCCGGCAACAGCAUACUACAUUAUGCCGGGAUGUUAUCUCCAUUGGCAAGCAGAAAGCUUGAUCGUAUUGCGGGUGCAGCCUUCCAAAUGCAGAGAGAAAGGCAAUGGUACAAGGAGGUAGAGAGUAUUGUGGUUCCACUCUCGGGAGCCUCAACUUUAAACAAAGAUGGUUUAACACCCCCACAAUUAUUUACCGAGGAACACAAGGAAUUGCUCGAGGAUGGAGAAAAAUGGAUGAGAAGUGCAGCAAAAUCUUAUACGGUUGUCAAUGCCCUCAUUAUUACAAUCAUGUUUGCUGCAGUAUAUACUGUUCCUGGUGGAAACAACCAAAUGACAGGGUUUCCCAUAUUCUUAAACGGAAAGGUAUUUAUGGUUUUUAUAGGUUCGGAUGCUAUUUCGCUUUGUACUUCUGCAACUUCAGCGUUGAUAUUUUUGAGCAUCCUUACAUCGCGUUAUGCUGAAGAUGAUUUCCUUAAAUCCCUACCCACAAAGAUGAUACUAGGCCUUUCCGCACUCUUGAUCUCCAUCGCCUCCAUGAUGGUUGCCUUUUCAUCUGCCCUAUUCAUCAUGUUUCAGGAUAAAUUAUGGUUUAUUUAUCCAUUCAUUUUCCUUGCUGCUAUACCCGUCAUUUUAUUUAUUGGGAUGCAACUUCCUCUGCUCUUUAUGAUUUUCAAGUCUACUUAUUGUGAACGAGUAUUCGAUAAGAAAAUCAAACAGUGGAUAUAAAUUCUUGACGGGGUAUGCGAU